CAUCGGCCGCCACCAAUGACGUAUUAUGAAGGAGGAGGCCCCCCCAGAUCCCUUUCCAAAUGUCGGCAUCAUCUUGACCCAGCAGCCCCCUGGGCAUGAAGAAGGCCAUCCCUUCCUAUGCCAGCUCCCCGCUCUGCCUUGCUCAGAACUUGCAAUCGCUGCACUGAGAUGAUCUGAGGAGGGCUGGGGAGGAGCAGAAAGCUGGUUCUAAGAUGACCCGAACGGACCCGCCUGGCAUCCUGGUGUCUGCGGUGUAUCAGGACGUCCCCGUGGCUUCCGUGGGCUCCGCCAGCUCUGCCUUCUGCCAGCCCGCAAGGCCAUGUGACUCCUCCAUGUCUUCGUCCCUGGAGAACCAGCCGGCCCAGCCCUUCAACAAGCGACACUGCCGCAGCUUCGAUUUCCUCGAGUCCCUCGACGACCCCCCGCCCGCGGCUCCCGCCAUGGAGCGACGUUCCCGGCGGCCCCCCACGCCGGAACCAUCCUCGGCUCCUGUGGGGAAGAGGGCGUCUGUCCGGGCUGCUGCGCAGGAAGAGCAUGUUUCCCAGAGGAAGGGGGGCCCGAAGGAGCCGGCCUCCCGGGGCGAGCCCAAGAGGCGGGCCCGAUCCAAGAGCGCGCCCCGGGUCAAAUCUACCUUCACCCCCGUGGUCAUCCCCAUGUCCUCGGGCUCUCCGCCAGCCCUGACUAGGAGGGGACGUGAGGUCCAUCGAGUGUCCCGAGAGCCCGAGCGGACAGAGGUGUCCCCUCGCCGGGAAAGCAGUUAUGCCUCCAUGAAAGCCUUGAUGAGCGAGGUGCACCCCAUCAAGCUGCAGCCUCAGCGGGCCAGCGGCAGCCGCAUCUCUCCUCUCUGCAUAACCGGAGCAAACUGCCCUGAAGAGGCCGCCCUGGCUGCAAGGUUCCCGCUGCCCAGCGUGCACGUCAAGCGUCGGGUGGACAUCAAGCCAGAUGAGGCCACGGUUCUGCACGCAGCCCGCAGUGCCAAAGUGUCGCAUGGCCAUGGGGAGGCCCCGCUGGCCUGGCCCCGGCCCCCAGGCACGCCCCAUAGCUUGACGGUGCCCAGCAGCCGGCAGGUACCCAUGUCUCGGACUCCCACACCCAGCGAUACUUACAGUGGGGAACACCGAGGGCUGGCACCUUACCCCACCGAAUUUUGUGAUGGAGGUCCAGCCGUACCCGAAAGUGGUUGCGUUCCUUACGUCCCCUAUGUGCCAACCAAGUUCUUCUACACUGAGGAGGCCAGCAGUUUCCCUCUGAAAAGCUCCAGCUAUAAGUCUUACCCUCCCGCUUAUGGGGGCCAGGUUCUCCUGCCCCAAACUUUUUAUGCAGAAGAACCUCCCCCGAGCAGCUUCUAUCCUCUUCCAGCUAGAACCUUUUUUGUGGAGGAAAACAGGACUCCUUAUCCCAUUCAGGAGGCCCCAGCCCAGACUUACUAUGGGGACGACCCACGCUUUUACACUCCCAGGACCCCUCCCACGAAGGCUGUUUAUACUGAAGACCCUAGGGCUUAUCCCGCCUUGAGGGCCAACCCACGAGUCUUCUACACUGAAGAUUAUGGCAAAUAUCACGAGCGAGAGGCCAUGUCUCGCACUUACCCGCAUUCCCGCAUUGCUCCAUCGGUGCAGUUCAACGACUGGUACUGCCCCAAAAGGGGGACGGUGCCCUACCAGACAUGGCAGAUGUCCCGCUUUCCAGCUCACCAACCUGCCCCCCAAGCCAUGCUGUCGUCGUGGCACACCAGCUACAGCGUCAGCCCUCCACGGCUUGGCACGGACACGAGGCACUAUUCCAAAUCCUGGGACAACAUUCUGACCCCUCAGGUGCGCCGGGAAGACCAUCUGUUGCGCGGUCGCAGCUACGAGAACCUGCUGUCCCGGGAUCCACAUCGCGCUUUCUCCCCUGAUGACCGGCGCCAGCCAGCAGUGGUGAACCUGUCCAGUUCUCCCAAACGCUACGCGGCCCUUUCCCUCUCUGAGAAUUCCCUCAUUGAGAGCAUGCAUGCUGACAGGGGGCGCCACGGCUGGUUUGUCACGCCGGAGAUCACCAUCACGGACAACGAUAUCCGAGCGAACGGGUUCGGCAAGAGUGAGAGGCGCUCAGCCAGCUGGGAUGUACUGGAUACGGGGGACUCGCGAGAGAGGGGUGGCGUCCCCACCCAGCCCUAUGGACCAGACCCCAGCGCCAAAGAGAGCACCGCCCGCCAGCGCAGCUUGGAGCAGUUGGAUGAGCUCAUCACAGACCUGGUCAUUGACUACAAGCCCCCUUCCAUUUGCCAGCCCAGCGAGGUCAGCAAUUUGGCCGACCAGCUCCGGCAGCUGAUCAGUGACGGAUUAGGCCUGCCCCCCAGGAAGCCAGACUCUUGGAGGUCCGUGGAGCCCCAUCCCACCAAGGAGCAGCCUGGCCGCAGCGCCUUCCACGCCGACCUUCGUAAGGACCAGGGCCGACGCUCCACCGAGGCUCCGGGAUCCGCCAGGCCCUCAGAAAAAAGCCUGGAUGACUGUUCCCCAGAUCUCAGCGCUGACGAGGACGACGUGAUGAUGUGCUCCAACGCCAAGUGCCGUCGCACAGAGACCAUGUUCAAUGCCUGCCUCUACUUCAAGUCUUGCCACAGCUGCUACACGUACUACUGUUCCCGCCACUGCCGGCGGGAGGACUGGGACACCCACAAGGAGAGCUGCAUCUACGGGCGGAUUGGCAGCACCUGUCGCCACGUGCUGCAGUUCUGCCGGGAGAACGGGGAGGUGCACAAGGCCUUCUCCCGCAUCGCCAAGGUCGGCUUCCUGUCUCGGGGCCGUGGGGUGCUCUUUCUGGGCUUCCCCAGCUCGGGCUCAGCAGAGAACUUUCUGCAGUUCGGCCUGGAGAGCUUGCUGAUGUCGCCCACUUACCUGUCGUUGCGGGAGCUCGAGGGCUACUCAGACAACCUCGGGGAAUACGCCCGGGAACUUCAGGAAGCGGGCCAGCAGUAUGACCCCGAGGAAUGCUUCCUCCUGAAUGUAACAGUGGCAGUGGGGCAGAAUGUGCCAGAGCGGCCAUCCCCAAAGGUACAGGUGCCGACCGUCCGCAAGUACGCCAAGAUGGCCUUGGCGUCCUCCAGCCCCGAGAAGAAGAUCCUCAAGAAGGAGCGGGACAUGGAGACGCUGAUCUUGACGCCCCCUCCCGGCACGGCCGACCUGGACAAGGAUGGUGAGGAAGGGCGCAAAGCACGAGAGGUUUGCUUCAUCAACAUCCAGCGCGAAUUGCGCAUUCGCGGCGUCUUCCUGCGGCACGAGUUCCCGAAGAUUUAUGAGCAGCUGUGUGCAUUUGUAGAAAGCAACAAACGCUUCACGCCUACCACCAUCUACCCUAUUGAUAAGAGGACCGGGAAGCAGUUCAUGUGCAUGAUCAUGGCAGCCUCUGAGCCGCGCACCCUCGACUGGGUGGCCAGUCCCAACCUUCUGGACGACAUUAUGUGAUCCCCCUCCUCCCAUGGUUUCCUCUUGCUCUCCUGCCAGCUUCCCCCAAGGGCUUCCUGUCCCCUUUCUCUUAGAGGUGUAUUUUACUACUCAAGUGCUAAUGUGAUGGUUAGUCUGUUCCUGUUCUUUCCAAGCAAGGAAUGGUCAAGACUGGCACAGCUUGACCUAGCAAGGGACGUGGUUCCCUGGCAGAGACAGGGCCUGCGUUGGUGGCCCUCAGCCCUUACUUGCUUCAGGACAUGGUGGACAUUUCUCACUCAUUUAAAAGAUGAGUCAAGAUCUGGCCACCUUAAAAAAAGCAGAUAUUUUAUUUUAAAAAUUCCAGGUUUUGUGGGUCAACUUUUCGGACAAUAAUACUCAGCCUUAUAGUCCACUUUUCUUCUGAAUUCCUCCAGACAAGAAUGUUCUUAUUUCAUGGGGUGAUUUCCUUUAUUUUUAAAAUUUAUCCUGGGGAAUAAAAGGAAGGGGGAGUUUGCCACUGGCAAUUCAGUUGGGGAUCCUCCUCCCCUGGCCCUGGCAGCUUUGUCUUGCCAUCUUUGCAGCCGGACUUGGCGGAGGGUGGGCUGCAGCAUCCCACCCCGCUCCUCAGCUCCAUCUGCGUUGGCUGCCGUCCUGUAAACCAAAAUGAGGGAGGGGACAGCGCAUGCUCUUUCUCUGUGGGGUGCUGAUGAUGGGAACAGCUCAGGAAGGGCAUAAGGGGGACCAGGGCAUAAGGGGCAUCCAUGCUGCCCUGAAUUCCUGCAAAGGAUCCUUGCUGGGAAAAAGCUUUUGCAUGCCAGCGGCUGGCCUCAAACGCCGAAAUGUGUUGCUGCUUUUCCUCUGCUCUUCUUUGCUCCGCACCUGUCUCUGAAGCCACCACCUCCCCGGGGUUUGCCCCCGUCCACCGGGGUGGGAAGCCACCUCUGCUUGUGGGAGAGCUGGGGGGCCCGAGGGCUGAGCUGCCUCCUGCCAGUGAUGCCUCCUCCCAUCCCGGCAGGGAAAUCCAGGUCAGGCGCUGUGAAAAUGGAAUGUUGUUGCCACGGAAAUGCUGCCCCCCCCCCGCUCCAUCCCUUGCAGAAAGGUGGGAAGGGGGCUGCUACAGCUCCAUUUGCCAGGCCCUUGAAGCUACUCAGAGGUGUGUGUGCUCUGUCAGUGCCUGGGUCAUUCACCGGAUGGGCGGUGUUGAAUUAGCUCACGAGCGGGGCCUCGCAUCGGAAGCCAUGGAGUAUGAUGGGCGCCAGGCUUGGGCCUUGGUUAAGUAGGUUGUGUCAUGUGAUGGCUGGAGCUUGGGCAGGAGGUGGGGGGGCAGAGCCCAGAAGCACAGAGGGGGAGUCUCCUGGAAUGCCUGUUGCGCAGCGCUGCAGCCCGAAGAAACCCUUUGCCCAAAGCGCAGCUGAGACAGCGGCACCAGGAGCCCCAGAGGAUCCCAACGUUCGGCAGGGCCUCCAGCGGAGGGUCCUUUGCACGAUGAGCCUGCAAACCGCCUGUCCCUCUGCCCCAGAAGGGAGGGGCCCUCGCAGGCUGUCUUGGCUUGCCCCCAAAGGUCGAGCGGGCAAACCGUGGGAUGCCAAGAGGGUGCCUCUUCCCCAUCUUUUGGGUUGCGCUCCUUGAAGAAUCAUACUGUGCCUGGCAAAGUUAAGGGCUGUGCAUGAGAGCCUCGAUCCCGGUGUUACUACGUGCGCAUGGGGAAUUGGGGGGCGGGGGUGGGAGUAUGAUUGUUUUUGCCUAUGCAGGGUGUGGGGAAGGCUGGGCCUUACAAUCUCACGUCCGUUCAUUUGCUGCAAUUGCAGAACAGGUUUGGAGGGUGAAGAGGUGCCUCUGGGGUGGUGGCGGACAGUCCUCACUGCUAUUCUGAGUUGUCCAUCGGGUGCCAACACGCUAAGGUGCGUCGUGCGAAAUCGAUCUAAGCAGCGUGCCAUGGCUCGGGAAGGAGUCACUGUUCUAACCAGCUUGCUUUCCUCCCCAUCAGUCCUUCCGUGGAGAGCAUGGCCUGCCAGGCGCCUCGUUCCCGCACUUGUUCAGAUCCAUGAGGAAGGCUGGUGAACCCACCGAGGGCCGCUGGGCCCUUCCCGACCCUUUUAGCUGUAUGUGAGCGAGGGGGGAGAGCAGGAGGGGAGGUCUCACGGUCACAGCGGGAGGAAGAGGGCUGCCCGGGGCUGCGGACGCCUGGCCUGGGCGGAAGACGGCCCGGGAUGCCGCUUUUGCCCUGCCGCGGCCGAGGCUCGUCGAGGCUGUGUUGUUUCAGCUGCGCCGUUGCGUUAAAAGCGCCUCCGGGGACGGACUGCCCGCUGCUCCUCUGAAGGAAGGUCUC